GAACCUGAUUGACACUGUGCGCGAAGCACCUUGCGCGACGUCAUGAUAAAUCAUCCAGCAUCCAAUCAAUUGCGAUCUCCCGCUAUUUAUUGAAAACCAAAAGGUUGGUUAAAGCAGUUGUUUGGCCUUUUGGAUCUUUGGACAACGUAAUUCAAUAUAAAAUGGAGACAAAAACGUUACUUAUCUGGGUUUUUGCAGCAUUCCUGGCCUUCAUUGAAGUAUCCACAGCUUCCAAAGAAUCAAAACUAAAUCAUGAAGAAUCGGAAGUGAAGUCAUUAAAAAGGCGGUCGAAUCCAAUGGAUGACAUCACAGACACGUAUGAUUUUUCGGACGAAGAUUUAAAUGAACUUAUGAAAAGAGGUUCACUUUUCCGGUUUGGAAAACGGGGAGCAUUGUUCCGAUUCGGCAAAAGAAGCGAAGAAGAUAAGCGGGGAUCUCUUUUCAGGUUUGGGAAACGUAUGGACGGUUAUUAUGUAUCACCAUAUGCAAGUAGUGAAAAUUUUCCGGAAAAAGAUGAUAAAAGAGGAAGCCUUUUCCGGUUUGGAAAGCGAUCCUCGUUGUUCCGAUUUGGAAGAAGUGUCGAUAAUGAAAAACCCCAUACGCCAUUUCGUUUUGGACGUGAGGAGGAAGAUGAAAUAUAAGGAAGAUGUUGAAGUAGUUGACUUGUAACUUACAACAUACGUUAGAAUGCAACUUUUCCAUCAACCUUCUGAUUUUUUCACAUUAAAAUUGUAAGAUUUUGUCAUCUCAUGCAGCGGAACAAUGUCAUUUUGACAAUACAAGUGUUACUACCUUUAAACAAUAGUUUGAAAUUGAUUUUUUUUAAUAUAUUGUAUUCUGUAUAUGUUUAUUAGGAUCUAGUUGUAACAGAGGAGUAAUAUAAAUAUUAAAAUUUCUGCCGAGAGUGAAAUAAGUAAA